AUGAAGGCGACCAAUGUAAUUUUGUUGCUUGGGUGUGCUUUAGCAUGGUGCAGUGCCGACGAUUCCUUUGAAGACUCUCUGGGGGAUGAUACAUCCGUUACCAGGGAAGCUAGAAGAAUUGAAGAAUGCCCAACAUUGUCAGACUUCGAACGAGCCACUAGUGUACAUAAAUUAAGACCUAAAGACAUCGAAGUCGUCGCUGCUAUUGGUGACAGCCUGUCAUCGGCUGUAGCAGCCAUCAAUAUCCAAACAGACUACCUAACACCAGAGCAAUUUAAGCAAUACCGAGGUCUCAGUUUUGACAUGGGUGGUGACGAAGACGCAAUCACGAUUCCCAACUUUCUAGAACACUACACACGUGAGCCCUUGAUUGGGCCCUCAGUAGGUGUACGAGAUGUCCCUAUUUCAGAAGAAACGUUCUUCGCUUAUGAUGCCCAACAAGUGAGCGAGAUUGACAGGCUUAAUGCAGCAAUACCAGCAGCGACAUCUUACAACUUUACUCAACAAGCCGAGUACCUUAUUGAACGCAUUGGCAAAAACACAGCUAUGGCUACGAAAUGGAAGCUUAUCACCGUUUUUAUGGGACUCAAUGACUUGUCAGCUUCAUGUCUACCGGGUUACUCGUUUCUUGAAUACAGGCAACGUAUGGAGAAAGGCAUUGAACUUCUUAAGCAGAACAUCGAUUAUGCCAUCAUCAGCGUAGUGGGCCUCCUUCACUCUGAGCAAAUGCAAGAUGUCACCAACAAAAAUCCUACGUACCGCAAGCAUUUCAAAGACGAAAAAAUGGACGUGCAAACCUUCGAAUGUAUAUGCUGCCACCACCCAAUCUCGGGUACCAAAUUGCUCCCACAGCCCUUGGCCGGUUUACUUGAUAUGGCUGUAGCCCCCUUAGGCAAACAACAGAUCGCUAGAAACGUCGAGUUGUAUGACAGAGAGCUUAGACGCCUUGUAAUGGAACAAGCGAAUCGUAAUGCGGAUGCCACAACGACCGUUGUUUAUCAACCAUUCAAUAUUGACAUUAAUUCGGUGCCUGUCGAGGCCAUUAGCAAUUUGGAUGGUUUCCAUCCCAACAAGAUUGGUCAAGAGUAUAUGGCCAAAGCAUACUGGAACCAGCUUUUCUUACCCAGCAACAAGAAAAAGCAAAAUCUUCAAUUCAAUGAAGAGUUACCAUUAUAUUGCCCAACCGGCAAUGAUUAUAUCCAAACUAUGUAG